AUGCUGCUGGAGAUUUUUGGAUCUGGAAUGAGACUAACACUGAAUAAUGACCGAGUUCUAAGAUUGCUCUUUGGUGACCGAUCUGCUUAUGCAUCCUUUGUCCUGGCAAGCAACAUUGCAGUACAAGGAGUGAAUAAUUGGGGCAGGCCAAAUUGGCUCUGCGUCCUCCCUUAUGCCAGUAACUAUUUCUGCACCUCCAUCUAUGCCACCAAAGGCAAACAAUUUGCCAUCACCAAGGGGAUGAACAGAUCAGAGAUGAAGGGGCGAACGAAGCAAGUCCUUGUUGGCCAUGCCUCUUAUCCUGUAUCUGAAGCCAACAUCCUUAAGAAAACCACCCAUCGGGAUGGUUCUAUAUACAAGAUAAACUAUGGUUUUCUAAAGCUAUGGCAUCUUACUCAACGUGAUGAGACACAACUAGAGCCAAUGAUGUUCUCGAAUCCCACGAAUUGUUUCCCGGAUAGGGAUAGAUGCAUGGUACAUGAUGCAACUGAAAUGAUGCAGAUUUUCUCACUGAAAUUGGAAAAGGCUAGUACCAACAUCGGCUUGGUACAACUAUAUGGAUACAUAGCAGUGCGUGAUUGUCAUGAUUCAUUGCUUAAUUAUGUCUUCAAUCGUAGUAGAGAUGAUCCCAUCAUUGUGGAACAGGGUUCUCUUAUUGAGAUGACCGGCCCUAAGAGAGGCAUCACAAUGGUAGCCCCUGCUCUAGUUGAGUUUGACAUGAGGAUCAAGAAAGGAAAGCAAGAAGAUGAUCUACAACUAAUUGAUGGUGCAAUGGAGUACCACGAUCUAGUCACACCUGAGUACCCAUUCACGGAUCGGAUUAAUGGCGAUUGUGGCGCGGUUGACAUCACUGUAGCCCUCGUUCGCUGGGCAUUUGAGGCCACAAUAGAUGUUGUCAUAUCAAAAGUGCAGUGUGGAUUUGAUUUAUCUCUCAGUUCGUGUGUUUCCCUUAUGGAUGGUUUACAUGAGAUUCAACUCUUUCGUGGUAGUGUUGUUGAGUCAUGUCGCUUAAGAAGAUAUGUGAUUGCUGUAAAGAAGGAUACUUGGAUGCAUUUGAAGUUCAAGGUAGGUCAGAGAAGUAGUAAAAAUGAUCUUGAUCACCAUUGUUCCUUCAAAGCAAAAAAACAUGGGUACAACUAUCAGCAAAUCAUGCUUGAGCUUGCCUCCAUCUCAGUGAAGGUUACUUGGUCGAACUUGCAAAGAGCAGGUAGAGGUAGAAAUGCCGAUGGUGUGUGA